GAAUGUUGUGAAGAGAGCGGGUUAGUGAAAUCCAUCUUAUAAAAUUUUUGGUGGUCGGUCGUUAAUUUUUAGUCUUUUAUGGUGCUAAAAGUGUUUUAAACAGUUGUAUUAGAUCUUUCAUAUAUUGAUUUUAAUUCCAUGUGUCGUUUAAUUCCAAAAACAAUCAUGGGUUUUGACAUCAAGUAGAUGAGUGGGAGUGUGUGCCACACAUCCACCGGAAAGGAGAAACACACAGUACAUUGGUUCCGUAAAGGCUUAAGAUUGCACGAUAAUCCCUCGUUAAAAGAAGGACUGAAAGGAGCCAAAACGUUUCGGUGUGUUUUCGUCCUAGACCCUUGGUUCGCUGGUUCUUCCAGUGUUGGUAUUAAUAAAUGGAGGUUCCUACUUCAAUGUUUGGAAGACUUGGACCGUAAUUUGAGAAAACUUAACUCGAGAUUAUUUGUAAUCCGUGGUCAGCCGGCGGACGCUUUGCCGAAAUUAUUCAAAGAAUGGGGAACGACGGCUCUCACGUUCGAAGAAGACCCUGAACCGUUCGGAAGAGUCAGAGAUCACAACAUUACGGCGUUAUGUAACGAACUAGGAAUAACGGUAGUACAGCACGUAUCGCACACCCUUUACCAUCUUCAACACAUAAUAGACAGAAAUGGAGGAAAAGCGCCAUUGACAUAUAAUCAAUUUCUGGCGAUAAUAGCUUCGAUGGGUCCACCUCCUAAACCAGAAUUACCAGUAAAUGCUUCUGUUUUAAAUGGAGCAUACACACCGCUCAGUGAUGAUCACGACGAAAAAUAUGGAGUUCCAACGCUUGAGGAGCUUGGUUUCGACACUGAGGGACUCAAUCCUCCAGUUUGGCAGGGUGGGGAAAGUGAAUCCUUAUCUCGCCUAGAACGUCACCUGGAGAGAAAAGCUUGGGUAGCAUCAUUCGGCCGCCCUAAGAUGACUCCCCAAUCACUACUUCCCUCGCAAACUGGCCUUUCUCCUUACCUAAGAUUCGGCUGUUUGUCCACAAGACUUUUUUACUACCAGUUAACAGAUCUGUAUAAAAAAAUCAAAAAAGCGUUUCCUCCGUUAUCGCUACACGGACAACUGCUAUGGAGGGAAUUCUUUUAUUGCGCUGCUACCAAGAAUUCGAAUUUUGAUAAAAUGUUCGGUAAUCCCAUUUGUGUACAAAUUCCGUGGGACAAAAAUGCAGCGGCUUUGGCAAAAUGGGCAAACGGUCAGACGGGAUUUCCAUGGAUAGAUGCCAUAAUGACGCAGCUACGCCAAGAAGGGUGGAUCCACCAUAUUGCAAGACAUGCAGUCGCUUGUUUCUUAACGAGAGGAGAUCUUUGGAUAUCAUGGGAAGAAGGAAUGAAAGUAUUUGAAGAACUUCUGUUAGAUGCAGACUGGUCUGUUAAUGCUGGUUCCUGGAUGUGGCUGUCGUGUUCCAGUUUCUUUCAACAAUUUUUUCAUUGUUACUGUCCCGUAAAAUUUGGAAGGAAAGCUGAUCCCAAUGGUGAUUAUAUAAGAAAGUAUCUUCCAGUAUUAAAAAACAUGCCAACUCAAUACAUCCACGAGCCUUGGUUGGCUUCCGAGAAAAUUCAACAAGCUUCGAAAUGUAUCAUAGGGAAAGACUACCCUUUACCAAUGGUUAACCACGGAGUCGCCAGUAGAAUAAACAUUCAAAGAAUGAGACAGGUGUACCAACAGCUGGCCAAUUACAAAAUGGUUGAGAAUGCGAGGUUUGAAGUCAAAGAACAGCAGAUUAGGGAAAAUUCUAUUAUAGAUAGUGCUGUUUGAAAUUUCAGAAAGCGUAUUUAGUAUCUGUAAAUAAAAAUGAGGGUUGUUAAUAAUGUUACAGUACCUUACAUAUUAUGUCUUCUGAAUGGAAAUUUAUUUCGCUUUCUAUAAAAAUUGUACAAAUAUCUUAAAUAAAACCUUUACAGGUACAAUACACAAAGUACAAUACACUAGAAGUAGAUCAAAAUUAUAUAAGGCCUUUCAUUUUAAAUAGGGGCCUUUGUUAUCAAGACGUCGCUCGUAACAGAGGUAGAAAUAUUCAGUAUUGACACUUGCGUUCAAAUUAUAUUUAAAUUUGGUUUGUUUUUUAUUUAUUUAUUGUUGAUAUUAAUUAUUAAUAACAUCAUGUUAUGUUAUACGAUUACGUUUUCCUUGUAAUAGAAACGAUAAGAGAGUAAAUAAUACAAAAUGUUAUCAAAUUUAAUUGGUAUUUAUAAUAAUAGUUAUCCAUACUGAUAGUAAGAAACCUAACUUCCCAAAAAUGACAAACCACCAUUAAGAAAAUCAUCCAAAUCGGGCACCAGGUUCUAAUCAACAUAUAUUUUAAACUUAAAAGUUAUUUUUUGUUGGUCGUUUAUUUCUUGGAAAAGUACACAUUCCUCUGCAUACAAAAGUAUUAAUAAGUACAUAUUUUAAAUAUAACUAGGUAUCUUCUUCUUUACGUGCCGUCUCCUCUCAGAAGGUUGGCAACCAUCAUACCAAUCCAAAUCUUCGAAGCUGCUGGCUUAACUGCUGUUGAACCAUGCUCUUACAUUGUUUAGCCAGGAAACGCGUUUUCUAUCUCAGCUUUUUGGUCCUUCUAUUUUUCCCUGCAUGUUCACCUGCAGCAGUUCAUAACACUCAACUCUCAUGACACAAUUAUUGCAACUUGCUAAUUUUAAUUAGGACUUCUUUUUGUUUUCCCAUUCUUUUCAAUACGACGUCGUUUAAAUUGAACUUAUUCUAAGUAUUUUUCUGGAAGCUUCCAUUUAACCCCCUCUGUGUCUCAGUGGUAAGAGCGCCUACCUUUAAAACCUAAAGGUCGUGAGUUCGAAUCUCACCUGGGUGGAAAUUUUCGUUUAUUAAAAAAAAUUAAUAAAUGAAAAUAAUUUCUAUCCUUGUGUGAUCGGUACUCACCGGAGGGACCGCAGACGUUCGGAUACAAUUAGCGUCUCUUAGCAAAGACAAUGACGUCGACUUUGCUAAGUAUCAAGACAAUUACUCUACACCCACAGACACACACACACACACACACACACACACACACACACACACACACACACACACACUACAUUAAUAAACUUAUCUUGAUUGAGACUGGCUGAAUGACAAUUGUCCAAGCUAAAACACACAAAAAAAAGCUUCUGUUUCUCUAGCGUCCAAGUCUCCACUCAAUACAGCAGCACAAAGAACACCUAACACUUUAAAGGUCCAAUAUUUAAUACGAUCGACAAAUCGCUGUUACACAAAACAUUAUUUAUUUUGGUAAAUGCGUAUCUUGCUUGUCAAAUUCUUGAUUUUAUUUCUUCAAUAUAUUAGUUGUUCUUAUUAAGUUGAUCCUAAAUAUUUGUAUUUUUAGACUUUUAUUAUUUGUUCUCCGAGAAUCAUUAGGCUGUCUUGUCUUUGUUGUGAUUUAACAAUUAAUAUAAAUGAAGUUUUUUUCAUAUUCACAGUUUGACCUUUUUCUUUAAUGUGUUUAACAACUCGAUUUACUAGCUGAUGUAGAUCUUCGAGACAUUCCACUAUCAGUGCGUAUUAUCCGCGUAUCUUAAAAUGUUGAUAAAUUUUCCGUUCCGUUCAUUUGUAUGCCUAUCGUUUGUCUUCUACAGUUUCUUGAAUAAUUUCUUCGAAAUAUACAUUGAAUACGAUAGGUGUGAUAAUAUUAAUCCUUGUCUGACAACUCUCCUUAUUUCGAAUUCAUGCAAGCGUUCAUUCCAUUUCUUCAUUAUGGCUGUUUGAAUAUAGUAAACUUCGGUAAUAAUUCUAAUGUCUUUUGUACCUUAAUUCUUUCAUCGGAGUAGUUUUAUGAGGCCGCUGUGGCUGAAUUGAUCGAAUGCUUUGUUGUAGUCUAAAAAGCAGACAUACAGUGGUCGAUUUAUAUCCAUGCACCUUUGGACCAACACAGUCAUUGCAAAUAAGGCUUCUCUUGUUUCAAGAACCGUGAAACCUAAAACCAAAUUGUGUCUUGCUGAUAUCUUGUUACAGCCUUCGAUAGAAUCUGUUAUGAAGAAUUUUUAAGAAUAUUUUGAGGAUGUGACUCAACAUGCUAAUCGUUCAAUGAUCAGAGUAUUCUCUUGCAUUUGGUUUUUUAGGUAAUGCAAUGAAAGUAGACUUCAACCUUUCUUUAGGAAUCGUUCCUAUAUUGUAUAGAGUUAUACAAAUCUUCUAGUAUGUCUAUAUGCUCCUCGUUGAUCAGUUAGAAUAUUUCUCCUCGUCUUUCGUCUUCAAAAAGUUCCUUUAUGUAUCCUCUCCUGAAUGUAUAUGUCGGAUGAUUUGAAAAUGUGGUUAAACUUACCGAAGGCUGCGAAGCCAGUCUUACACGACGGAGAAGCUCAACGGUUCGGUUAUCAUUUCCCAUGCGAAUCUAGGGGCCUAAAUAUUUAUAACCAUUACCUGGCCUAUGGAUCUUGCCCUUGCGCAUAUAUCUUGACUAAAAGAUUUUUCAUCAUCUGGGUUUUUAAAUAUAUUUAUUUUUAAUCCCCCUUCUAGGGAGGAAAGGUAAAGCUGACUUAAAAGUUCUAUGGCCUCAUAUACAUGUAUCAGCUAUAAGCACAAUAUCAUCAGCAAAUCUCAUGUGUCUAAUUUUUUGUUCGUUUAUGUUUAUGCCCUUGUUGGUCAGUUUUGCCCUUUGAAAUAUAUAUCCCAAAAGCGUGGUUGGCAGUUAAAUAGGUUAAUAGCAAACAAGAAUUAAAUAUAAUGAUGACGCAUACGAAUUUAGCCGACCAUUGAUUUUCAGUGUGUAUUCUAUAUCCGAAAGUUCACCAACUAGUGUUUCAUAUACCUACCUGAUCCGAAAGUAUACGAUAUACUGAUGAAAUAUCGUAUACUGUACACUGAACUUACAAAUUCGAUAAUAUUUUAAUAUGUUUAUAUAUCUCUUGGUAUUGACGAUACUGAUGGGAUCUUCUGCAGAAUGUAAAUCAUUGUCAGACAAAAAAGUAUAUAUGUAUAUAUUUUUAAAAAGUAUAUAUUAAGAGGUUUUUACCUCGAAUCAAAUAAAUAAACGUAUUAUUGUUGUGAAGGUUUUAUAAUAUAUUUAUUUUGUUACUGAUAUUCUAUUUGGAUAUAAGUCUGUAGGUAUUAAAAGUUAUUCUUGUGUGUCAUAUAAUAAACUAUUUAUUG